AUGAAUCUAUUUACUGUGCAUAUCAGUACCCCGGCGAGUGAGUUGGGAGUGAUAAUGCUGUCGAGUACCGCUGGAUACACACACCGUUCGCGAGUGCUGGUCAAACGCCGUGAUGAGACUUCUCUCCGCACGGUGUUGUGUCCUGCGAUACGCCGCAGUAAUUGCUGCCGCGCCCAUCAACGUGAGGAACAGCUGCGGGCCGCAUUAGCUGCCGAGCACGAACAGCAAUUAAUGCGCACCGCAACAGAGAUGCACACACUGCAGUGUGAAUUGCUGCCAGACGCCACACCCUCACUGGAGAGUAUUCUCGCCGAGUUGCGGCGUACACCACCUUAUGUGCAUUGGAGUUUAGAUGCGGCCGCAGCGGAGCGAAUGGCGGAGUUGCGAUUGCGGCACUGUCCGUAUUCACAUCAACGCGAUAUUCACGCCGUACUGCGCCAACAGAAGCGACUGGAUGCAAAGACUAUGAAAGAAGAAAAACAACAAAAACAGUUGAGUCAACGGAAAGAGGGAUCUGCAAUGGUAGAGACAAGACGACGGCGGGUGUUUAAUGGCCUCACACCAUUACAAAAAUGUGUGGUGUGUUUACUCUGGCAACGUUCUUUCCAUAUUCCGCAGAAAGUUGUGUGUGAUGUGCGGCGCCGCAUGGAGGAAGAUUUACUGGAGAAUGAAGAGAGUGAAGUGGAUGUGAAUGCACGUGUAGAGGCUGAGGAACAGCAAUUGGUGUCUGUUACUGUUUGUCGUCCAACACUUGGAGUGGUGGAUUUAUCAUCCAUUCCUCACAUUGUGGCAUACAUCUCACAACACCCAGAGGAGUCUGUUAUCUUGCCAGAGACGUUUGAACACUUUAUCGGUGGUGAUGGCACCAGUAAUAGUAAUAAUAAUAAUAAUAAUAAUAAUAAUAAUAAUAAUAAUAAAAAGAGUAGCCGUAUCGGUAGUGUUGGAAACAGCAUUAUUCCAAGCGGCCUGACAGAGAAGCAGGUGGAUAUCAGCUCAACCGCCUGCGCACAUGAGUUGGUCGAAGCUAUUCUCUGGACACUGCAGGUAAUAAAUGAAGAGAUGGUGCAAAAAAGAGAGAAUACACCACAUAAUAAAUUAGUCUUGCGUUCUCUGACGUUACGUCGAUGUGACAUCACAUCUGCAGAUGCGCUUAUUGGUGCUCUUCGCAAACAACGACAGGAAACCACAUUGCUGGCUCUUGACAUCAGUGAUAACAGACUCAUGAAUCUUCGUUUUCUCUUUGCUCUUCGUGCACACUUCUCUGAACGGCUGCUGCGUCUCUCACUUGAAGGAAAUCCCAUCACACGUAAGCCAGAUUAUCGUGAACAGGUGCGGAAGUCCCUUCCAAAACUCACAAGUCUCGAUGGUAAAGCCAUACGACGACCACCACUAUCAAUGCCAUACCCGUCAACACUUUCUGACACUUUCCGUCUUGCCACUACAACUACAACUACAACUAGUAGUAGUAGUUGUAGUGGUAGUAACAAUGAUAAUAGUGGUAAUAGUAAUGCAGUAGUCACACCAAACCGCCGGGUUCUUCGUGCUGAGGAAUUGGAUGCUGUUAUGGAUAACCUUGCAAGGUUUCUGUAUAUAUGGGAAACACGCCGUGUGCCAUGGACGGUGGCAGAAGUAGAAAAGCAAUUACAACAACACAGACGUCUUUCAUUAAAGCGACACAAAAAUGAGGCAGGAACAAAAAGGAAAGAAGAAAAAGAAGAACAAGGAGAUGAAUUUAUAUUACCUCCAGAGGAGGAACUUGAUGAGGAUAACUUUCAUCACCGUUAUUUGCAUCCCUCAGCUAUGUUUACCAUGACUUUACAUGAUCAACUUUCAUUCUUUGAUCCAGAGACUAUGCGGCUUGCGACGGAAGUAGAAUUUGACAAGAGUUACACUGGUAUGCGACUAUCCCCAGUUGAUGUGCGAGAUCUUCGUGUAUUUGAUGUGGCUAUGAAAGGCAAUAGUCGUAAUUUGUUAUUAGGACGAUCUGUGUUGCAUCGAUUUGCACGUGGUUCACUAAACUGUUACACGGCGUAUAAAUAUAGUAUGUAUCCUCAACAACUGCAGGUUUGUCAUCAUCUCGGUGGAGCAGUCAUCUCUAUAUCGAAGAUAACGGAUACCGCAAUAAAAGAUACAUCGACAAAGCCUGUGGUCUCUAAAGAACAAGAACAAGAACAACCGAAAAAGAAAAACAGAGAGAAAGAAAAAGAGAAACAAAAGCCAGGUAGUAAGAAGAAUCGAUUGGAAAUGGAAUCUUCUUCUUCUCCUUCUCCUUCUGGUGUUUUCUCCAGUAACACUUACGCACGUAAACCAACAUUUUAUAUUGUAACUAUGCAUGGUGUGAUGACAUGGCGAUCACCUAGUAUGAAACGGGGUGAAUGUAUUAUGGCAGCGUAUGAUCGUGUGGUGACAUUUGUGGAUAAUGCCCUUCCACCCACAAGUGCGUUGGAACGCCGUCGUGGGGCACCUUUACUAGUCUUUAAUGAUCACAUCUAUCUCCGCCCCGCCUGUAGUGGUGAUCGUGUUUGUUAUCUCGCCCACUCACAUGAACGAGUGGCACGAUUGGUGGUUGAGUUUGGCCUUGAGGCCUGCGGUGUUGGCGGUGUUGGUCUUGUGCGGGCGGUUGCGGAGCGGGCGAGUAGUGAUGCGGCCGCACACGCCACUCUGCGGCUGUUGGUGUUUGGCCCACACGCCGUGGAUGCGGAGAUCCGAGAAGCGUGUGAACAGCUCCUGCAACAAGGGCAAGAACAAGAAGAAAAGGAGGAGGAGGAAGAAGAACAAGAGCAAGAGGGAUCGGAAGAGGAGAAUGAGAAUGAGAAUGAGGAUGAUUGCACCAAUAGUGCAGAUAGACGUUAUUUUGAUAUUCUUUCUCUCAUUACGAGUGAUUGUACGGCGAUGGAUCAGGAAGGCAAUGAGGAGGAUAAUAACAAGAAAGAUGAUCUGGUGGAGUCCAUUCCACACCGGGUGACGCUUGCUCAAGUGGAUAUGGCAGUGGCAUUCAUGAAUAGCCGUUACACUGCCGCCUUUACCUCUAACCGUAAAAGAACAGAUGGGAAAGAGGAAGAAGUGGAGAAGAAGAAGAAGAAAAAAAACAAAGUUUAA